CUAUUAAAUUUUUGUGAAUACUCUGAAGUAUUUCCAAGAAAAGGCCGUACCCAUAAACUACAAAAACAAAUAUACAAACAGAAUCACCGCUAGGCAAUCUGCAUCAAAAUACAAAAAUAUACUACCAAAAAAAUUUCCUUUCUAAAUUGCUGCCUCGUAAUACUAAAAUACUACCCCCCCAAAAAAAAAAUCCUUCCUAACUCUUUACUACAUCUAAGGAACUUAAAAGAACCUAUAAAUCACAUGCAAACAUUGGUGAUGAGAAGAUCAAUCAUGCACGAGGCAUGAAUCUAGCUGUUGAAGCAGAAGAGUUUCAUGCAAAGCCCUCUUCUAUAACAAGCCCACAUCAUCACAGACCAUGCACAAUUAACCAUACAAGAGAAAAUUCCAUGGCUGCUUACUUGACCUCCAUCCUCUUAAUGAUUCUUGUUGCCUCAACCUCAGCACUCGACGAGGGCGAUCUCAACAAAGAAAUCACCAUCUCGAUGCAGGAGAUGCAGCGGGCCAGCUACUUCACCUUUGUGACGCUGCUCAACAUGGUAAAGGACAACAUACCACAAAACACCACUUUCUUGAUGCCAAGUGAUCGAGCUCUUUCAAAAGCAUCAAUACCCGAAAACAAAACCCUAGAGUUCCUACUGAGGCACUCAAUUCCCUCAACUCUUUUGUUCGACGAGCUGUCACAUCUGCCAACUGGAACAACAGUUCCAACACAUCAGCAAGAUUAUGCGCUUAAAAUAGUCAAUGGAGGGAGGAGAGAUUUUCACCUCAAUAAUGUUCAGCUUGUAAGUGCAGAUAUUUGUGCUGCUGGAACUUACUUUCGGUGCCAUGGAAUAUAUGGAGUUCUGAUGGAGGAAACCAAUGAAAAUACAGCAAAUUGCUCGCAGAGAAGUCCUCCGACUGAAAGGGAAGUGGGACCAUCUUCAGCUCCUCCUCAGCCAUCACCACCACCACCUCCUUUGGAAGUGUCUCCAAGUUUGGCACCAACAAUCAGCCCACCGACAAUUCACUCCAAUGAUGGAUUCAAAAAAUCAAGUUGGCUUUGUCAAGGAUCAUUUACUGGUUUAGUUUUGUCCGUAGUAUUGUCAGUGAUGUAGGUUUCUUUCUAUAAUUCUAGAAGAGGUCUCCUUGAGGCUUACCUACUAGGGAAGGCAUAGUUUCUGUUAUCAGACAUAUGUUUUCUUAAUGAUUAUUUUAUUAUUAAAUCACACUGAUGAUGUCCAAAGA